AUGGCUCCUGUCUCCAAGUCUCUCGCCCUUGCUGGCGCCCUCUUCUCUGUCCUCAGCACCGCUCUCCCUCUGAACAAGCGUGCCGUCGUUUGGGAGACCGUCACUGAUGUCGUCUGGACCACCGUCGACACCACCAUCACCAUCGCCCCUGGACAGACCUUCAGCACCCCGACGCCCUCCGCUGGUGACUUCGUCGAGCUGACCGUCACUGCGGAGGCUUCUGCCACUUCCUCCGUGGCCGCCAGCUCCAGCUCCAGCUCUGCUGCUCCGGUCCAGACUGCUACUUCCAGCCAGGCUCCUGAGGAGUCCUCCUCUGUGGCCCCCGCUCCUUCGACCACUGCGGCUCCCUCGACUACUGCGGCCCCGGCCCCAGCUCCCACCACUUCUUCCGUCGAGACUCCCGCUCCUCAGCCCACUACCUCUUCGACUACCUCCUCCUCGACCACCUCCAGCGCUCCCGCUGCCUCCAGCAGCUCUAGCUCCAGCAGCGGCAGCAGCGGCUACAGUGGCCAGUGUGACGAGAGCUCGCCUUGCUCCGGUGACGGUACCUACUACGACACUGCCACCCUCGUUACCAACCCCAGCUCUUGCGGCACCACCAACGACGGCCUCACCGAGAACGUUCUGGCCCUCCCCGUUGGCCUGAUGAGCGAGGAGUACUGUGGCAAGACCGUCACCGUCAGCUACAACGGCAAGACCGCUCAGGGUACCGUCGUCGACAAGUGCAUGGGAUGCGAGGGCGACUCCAUCGACCUGUCCCGUCACUUCUUCUCCUCUCUGGCUGACCUCGCCGAGGGCCGUCUCACCGACGUCAAGUGGUACAUCAACUAA